AAACUGCGCUUGUCUGAUUCCGCUGUCAUGCUGCAGCUGUAUGUGUUUGCUGUGAGCUUUAAUAAAAGAAGUUUGGUAGCAGGACGUGGAUUGAACCUCUUUAAUUCAUCAUUAUGAAGCUUCGUGUUCGGAUCCAUCGGCAGACCAGCAGGGUGGACUUGCCGGGAGAAGAACCCAGUGUGACUGACCUCAGAGACCACAUCAAGGAGACGCUCCUGUGCUCACUGCAGAUCAGUGCAGACACAGAGUUCAGUUUGUCUCUGAACGGCUCAGAGCCUCUCACAGACGCCGGACAGACUCUGUCGUCCUGCGGCAUCGUGUCCGGAGAUUUGAUCUGCGUCAUCCUGCCCGAGUCUGCAGCCGCCGACAUCCCAGACUCCUCCAUGGAGAGCGUAUCCUCCUCCACCAACACCACCUCUGCAAACUCUGUCAGCUCGGGAACAAGCAGCACUGAGACCCAGAGACACACGGCAGAGAUGUCUUCCUCCCAGCCCGACGGCAGCAGUAGCGUCUCUGCAGACUGCGAGCAGCUCGCCACGGCGUCCUCCUCCAGCUGGGAGCCGAUGCUCUGCAGCGAGGCCGAGGAGGGUCAGGCUCCUCUCUCACUCGAGCUCCUCUACCAGUCGGCCCAGACCGCCGGGCCCAGCGACGCCGUCAUGGUGGCCGCCAACCAGCUUAUGUUGGAGACCGGGUUUGUUCCUCAGGGCUCUGGGCUGAAAGCUGCUGAGAUGCCUGCAGGUUGGAGGUCAGCUGGUGGAGUUUACAGACUGCAGUAUGUUCACCCUCUGUGUGAGAACAGCGUGGUGUCUGUGCUGGCGUUGUGUAUGGGCCCCGUGCUCGUCAUCAACGCGACUCUGAAGGUGAACGAAACCGUCGACACGAUCCCCAAACUGACCCUGAACCCCCGCAGCUACGUGACUGAUCUGUGCCCAGGAGACGGUGCAGCCGCAGCUUUUAAAGACCUGAAGAAACUGUCCCGGAUAUUUAAAGACCAGCUGGCGUACCAGCUGAUCGCUGCAGCCAGAGCAGCGAUGUCUCUGCCCGUGGCGUUCGGUCUGGCCGCUCUUCCUCCUGAACUCACCCUCAGGAUCCUCCGGCUGCUGGACGUCACCUCUGUGGUCAGACUGUCGUCCGUCUGCAAACACUUGAACAACGCCACAGACGACUCCACGCUGUGGAGACACCUGUACCGCAGAGACUUCACAGAUUCAGAUCCAAGCAGACCCAGAGACUCGGACUGGAAGCAGAUCUACAAACGCUCCCACAAACAUCGCUCUGAACUCCGUCGUCUGUCUCACCCCCGAUCCCUCCCUCCUCUCCCCUGGAACCCGCCGGACAUCUUCCCACCCUUCCCACCCUUCCCCCUCCCGCUCGCCCCUCCUCUGCCCGGCAUCAUCGGGGGUGCUUACGACCAGAGACCCGAGGAGCUCCCCCGCGGCCUCCUGCCCCGGCCUCGCUUCGACCCCAUCAGCGCGCUCCGAAAUCCGGAGAGGCGACCUCAGGGCGACCCCCGGAGAUAUCGUCCGCUGGGGGGGCGACCUGCAGACGUGCGGCGAGGUUUCAUCUGAGUCUUCUUCUGCAGAAAUAAAACACAGAGCUGAGUCAGACGUGUGUUUGUUCAUAAGAGAGAGAGAGGAAACACAAACUGAUUUAUAUUAAAACGAUACAAUCUGAUAUUUUCAUGAUCCAUAAAAUCUAAAAACACAAAACCUUUGAAAUAACUACAUCGGAUUCUUCACACGACACCACAGAAGAAGAAUGAAUGCAGCCAAACAUCUGCAUGAAACAUCUUUCUGCAGUUCAGACACUCAGAGAAGCAGAAACAUUUAUUAACUUCAUCACGUUUGUCUCAUAUCUGCAGCCGGGUCUGUACAGAUGACCUCUGACCUCUAAAUUCUAAUUUGAGUUUUUAUUUAAUUAAAAAGCCGACAUUCAGCACAGCACACCUGAGGCUCGCUCACCUGAGGCUCGCUCACCUGGGGCGUCUUCACAGGUUCAUCUGUCCGGUGUUUAAUCCUGUCUGAGACUCUGAACUGUAUGGAAGCCCAUUUGGGACAAAAGAGGAAAUAUAAAUAGAAAAGUAUUUAACGUUUGAGGGUAAGAAAAAGGCACUUUGGCACCUUUAUGUUUUUGUAUUAACUAUUUUUAAAUCAUGAUUAAACCCUCAAACUUAACGCACACGUCUGUGUUAAGACGAGAGAGACACCCGUUGUGAAAAUCAGGGUCGAUACCGAUGUUUGAGUCAUGGCUUCUUUUGGUGUCAGACUUCACAGCUGACAUUUUCAGAGUUUGUUCAACAGGUGACGUCAUCUGCCCAAUAAAAAACAUUCUUCUCUAA